AUGUCUGAGCUGUACAAAGAUAUUCUAUUUUCAUUCGUUAGGAAAAUUCCGAACCCGUUUACGUACAAUCCUAAUGACGAAUCCCAAUAUUUACCACUCAAGAGUAUUUAUUUGGGUGCAUCAAUGUUUUUAUUAACACAAAAUAAAAAUAUUGAUGAACAGAUGCUUUUAGAUGUGUUAAAGCGAUGCAGACUGUUUUUAAUAGAAAUUUGCAUAGAAAUCAAAUUACGGUUUGAUUUUAGUGAUAAAAUCUUAUCUUCACUUAUUUAUAUUUCACCUAAAAAUAUAUUUAGCCAAGAGCAUUCAAAUACUCUAUUAAAUUUCGUUAUAUUAUUCCCAAGAAUAUGUAAUGAUGAAAUUCAGAUGCAAGUCAUUGAUGAUGAAUGGCGAAAAUUAAAUUCUUACUUUGAUUUAGACAUAAUUAAUAUACUGAAAAAUAAAAAUGUUGAUAUGUUUUGGUUAGAUCUUUAUUUGUAUGAAGAAAAUGGGGAGAAGCUGUUUUCUAAUCUUUCAGCAUUUGUUCUAAAUAUUUUGUCAUUACCACAGUCAAAUUGUGUUUGUGAACGACUGUUUUCCAAAGUUAACUUAAUUAAAACUAAAUUACGAAAUAAAUUAAUGACUAAUACAAUAAAUGGCUUAAUAAACACUAGUGAAUGUGUAAAAAUCACUACAUGUGUUAAAUUCCAACCAACUAAAACCAUGUAUGCAAGCAUGAAUAAUGAAAUGUAUGAUUUUUCAAAAGAUGAAUUGAACAGUGAAAUAUUUAUUGACGAAAUUGUUUUUGAAUAA